CGCGGAGCCGGACAUUCGGGAGCGGCCCGCUGCACAGCUCCGGCGCCCGCCGCGCUCCCGCCCAGCUCUCUGAGGCGGCCGUACAAUCCUCGGCAGUGUCCUGAGACUGUAUGGUCAUCUCAGCAGCCGCGCCCGCCCGACCCGGACUCCUUCGGACUCUCGUCGUUCGAGCGACUUCUUUUUUUUGAAAACCUAGAAAAGUGACUCCUCUUCAAGGGAAAAAGGAACUUUGGUUCCCCUCUCGCGGCUCUCCUUUCGCCUUUGACAACCUCCUCCUACUCCUUUCCCCGACCCCGCCUCCCCUUGCAGGUUCCUCCGCGUCACCUUUCUCCACCCCCCACCCCCGCACCUAGCCAGCCGGCCGCAAACUGCCACCUGACUGUGCGGGGCGCUCGGGACCUGCGAGCACUUAGGACUUUUUCCCCCCGCCCGGGCCUCAGGAAGCGAGCGAGAGCCACAGCGCAGGCAGCGGCUGCAGCCGCCAGCAGCGGAGUGACCCAGGUGCUCGGCGUCUCAAGGGGCCACAGCGACAAUGACAGCUGACAAGGAAAAGAAAAGGAGCAGCUCAGAGAGGAGGAAGGAGAAGUCCCGAGAUGCUGCGAGGUGCAGGCGAAGCAAGGAGACGGAGGUCUUCUACGAGCUUGCGCACGAGCUGCCGCUGCCUCACAGUGUGAGCUCCCACCUGGACAAGGCCUCCAUCAUGCGGCUGGCCAUCAGCUUCCUGCGGACACACAAGCUCCUAUCCUCAGUUUGCUCUGAAAAUGAGUCUGAAGCUGAGGCUGACCAGCAGAUGGACAACUUGUACCUGAAAGCCUUGGAGGGUUUCAUUGCCGUGGUGACCCAAGAUGGCGACAUGAUCUUUCUGUCGGAAAACAUCAGCAAGUUCAUGGGACUCACACAGGUGGAGCUAACAGGACACAGUAUCUUUGACUUCACUCAUCCCUGUGACCAUGAGGAGAUCCGUGAGAACCUGAGUCUCAAAAAUGGCUCUGGUUUUGGGAAGAAGAGCAAAGACAUGUCCACAGAGCGGGACUUCUUCAUGAGAAUGAAGUGCACAGUCACCAACAGAGGCCGAACCGUCAACCUCAAGUCAGCUACCUGGAAGGUCUUGCACUGCACUGGCCAGAUGAAGGUCUACAACAACUGCCCCCCUCACAGUAGUCUCUGUGGCUACAAGGAGCCCCUGCUCUCCUGCCUCAUCAUCAUGUGCGAACCCAUCCAGCACCCGUCACACAUGGACAUCCCCCUGGACAGCAAGACCUUCCUGAGCCGCCACAGCAUGGACAUGAAGUUCACCUACUGCGACGACAGAAUCACAGAGCUGAUUGGUUACCACCCCGAGGAGCUGCUCGGCCGCUCAGCCUAUGAGUUCUACCAUGCACUGGAUUCAGAGAACAUGACCAAAAGUCACCAGAACUUGUGCACCAAGGGUCAAGUGGUAAGCGGCCAGUACCGGAUGCUUGCCAAGCACGGGGGCUAUGUGUGGCUGGAGACCCAGGGGACAGUCAUCUAUAACCCCCGCAACCUGCAACCUCAGUGCAUCACCUGCGUCAACUACGUCCUGAGUGACAUCGAGAAGAACGACGUGGUGUUCUCCAUGGACCAGACUGAAUCCUUGUUCAAGCCCCACCUGAUGGCCAUGAGCAGCAUCUUUGACAACAGCGGUGAGGUGCCUGUGUCUGAGAAGAGUAACUUCCUGUUCACAAAGCUGAAGGAGGAACCCGAGGAGCUGGCCCAGCUGGCCCCCACCGCGGGAGAUGCCAUCAUUUCUCUGGAUUUCGGGAACCAGAACUUUGAGGAGUCCUCAGCCUACAGCAAGGCCAUUGUGCCCCCGAGCCAGCCGUGGGCUGAGGAGUUGAGGAGCCGCUGUGCCCAGAGCGAGGCUGGGAGCCUGCCUGCCUUCACUGUGCCCCAGGCGGCUGCCCCGGGCAGCACCACCCCCAGUGCCGCCAGCAGCAGCGGCUGCUCCACGCCCAGCAGCCCUGGAGACUAUUACACGUCCCUGAAUGAUGAUCUGAAGGUUGGCGUGAUUGAGAAGCUCUUCGCCAUGGACACGGAGGCGAAGGACCAGUGCAACACCCAGACUGAUUUCAACGAGCUGGACUUGGAGACUCUGGCCCCCUACAUCCCCAUGGAUGGGGAAGACUUCCAGCUAAGCCCCAUCUGUCCAGAGGAGCGGCUCCUGCCGGAGAACCCCCAGUCCAACCCCCAGCACUGCUUCAGCACCAUGACAAACAUCUUCCAGCCCCUGGCCCCAGUGGCCUCUCAAAGCCCCUUCCUCCUGGACAAGUAUCAGCAGCAGCUGGAAAGCAAGAAGACAGAGCCCGAGCACCGGCCCAUGUCCUCCAUCUUCUUUAAUGGCGGAAGCAAGGCGUCCCUGCCACCGUGCUGUGGCCAGGCCAGCACCCCUCUCUCCUCCAUGGGGGGCAGAUCCAAUAUACAGUGGCCCCCUGACCCGCCAUUACACUUUGGGCCCACAAAGUGGCCUGUUGGGGAUCAGCACACUGAGUCUUUGGGGACGUCGCCACUGGGGCCCCCUGUCACCUCGCCCCAUCUCUCCAUGUUCAAGAAAAGGUCUGCAAAGGGGUUUGGGCCUCGGGGCCCAGACGUGAUGAGCCCGGCCAUGGUAGCCCUCUCCAACAAGCUGAAGCUGAAGCGACAGCUGGAGUAUGAGGAGCAAGCCUUUCAAGACAUGAGCAGGGUGAGCCACCUCCUGACUGACACCGCAGGGGACCCACCAGACAGCAGCGCCUCACAUUUGAUGUGGAAACGGAUGAAGAGCCUCAGGGGAGGGAACUGCCCCUUGAUGUCAAACAAGCCACUGAGCGCGAAUGUUCCCAAUGAUGAAUUUGCCCAAAACCCCAUGAGGGGCCUGAACCAGCCUCUGAGACACCUGCCGCCACCACAGCCACCAUCAGCCUUGAGCUCUGGGGAAAACGCCAAAAGUGGGUUCCCCUCACAGUGUUACACCUCACAGUACCAGGACUACAGCCUGCCGUCGGCUCACAAGGUGUCAGGCAUGGCCAGCCGUCUGCUCGGGCCUUCGUUUGAGCCCUAUCUGCUGCCCGAACUGACCAGAUACGACUGUGAGGUGAACGUUCCUGUGCCCGGAAGCUCCACGCUUCUGCAAGGAGGGGAGCUCCUCAGAGCCUUGGACCAGGCCACCUGAGCCAGGGCCUCCCCCGGGCAGGCCCCCGCCACGCCGCCCGCCAGCUUCACUCUCUAAGUCUGUUUUUGCAACUAGGUAUUUCUAACACCAACACACUUUUUACAAGAUGUACUUACCUGGCAGACUCGCCCAGGUCACCGAAUAGCGGCCUUUUUCUGAAGAUGCUCACUUUAUUAUCCGUGUUUUAAAAAUACACAAUCGUUUGACCCGCUACGUUUUGCUCUUUCGGUGAAUAUGUUCUUAAAUUUUGUAAGAAUUUUCUUUCCCUACCUUCAAUGACUUCUAAUUUAUAUUAUCUGUAGGUCUCCCCGACUCCCGCAGUAUCCGUACUAACAGGUUUGGUGUAUGUUUACUCUUCCGUCAGGAAAGCUUUGGCUUCAUUUAACUCAAAAGAUGUUGUCGUCGUCGUUGUUGUUUGUUGUUGCCAAAGAGAAACAAACAAUGAUUCUGCCUUCCAAGCUUGAUUUGUGUGGCCUUUCCCUCCCAAAUCCCUUCACUUUUCUUUUUUAAAAACUAAUCGUCAUAGUGUAAAUUUCAGUCUUUUCUGUUUUAAAGCCAACUCUUUGCUCUAAUUUUGAUACCGACUUUUGAGGGGAGAAAAAGGAGAAAUUACACGGGUGAACUCCAGUGUUUGCAGUUGUCCGUGAAAGCUGCACCUUGUGGCUUUUCCUAAACUGUUUGGUGUUUAACCUCUCAUUCGGUAGAUUUUUUUUUUUUUUAACUAAAAAAUACAACGGAGUUUUUGUUGUUUUUUUUUUUUUUUUUAAGAAAAUUUAUAUCUGGGUUAAGUGUUUAUCACAUAUAUGGGUACUUUGUAAUAUCUAAAAACUUAGAAAUGGAAUCUUGCUCACAAAAUCACUUUAAGACCAUUUGUAAGCUGUUAAUUUCAUUGUUCCUGCAGAAUUGUACAGUAUCCCAUGGGCCUGUACUAACCCUGCUCAAGACUUUUCUUCUGUUGGCUUUUUCUUUUUUUGCUUCUGUGAUAUGCCAUAAGCGUGAAAAACAAUCCGAGAAGUGGAAUCAUUACGUGGGAGCAUUGCGCACUGUCUUCUCCUCGUGUCUCUGUGUAUUAUGUUUGUAUGUAUUAUUAUUAUUGCUGCCAAGAGGGUCUGACGGCACGUCACGGGGUAGGGGGUGGGCCGGGGAAGAAUGCUAAGGGGAGGGAAGUGCUUUAACUUUUCUUAAGGUUUUGUUGCUAGCCCUUCAAGUGCACUGAGCUAUGUGACUCUAACGGUCAACUUUCACGUGGCACAUUUGGAUAUUUCCAGAACUACCAUAAAAUGGUUUAGAUGGGAAUUCAGGAAAGAAAGUGAGGCUUCAGAAACGUUGUAGUUAUCAAGUCCACAUCUUCCUGGCUCACCACCUUGGAGCAAGUGGAGCUGAAAUGAGAGAGGGUGCAGAUAGGGACGGCAGCUGGUCCUGACCAGCCCCAAUCCCAGCCCCUUCCUCUGCCUGCAAUCGGAUUGCCCUGUGAGUCCAAGGGGCAGCGCCCCCUGCUGGCGAGCAGCAGGCGGUCCUCCAGAGAUGGGGCCCCUCAGGCCCUCUUUUUAGGUCUCCGUCACUUGAAGUGACGUGUUUAGGUAGGAAGCACUGAAAAUAGGGUGUUCCCAGAGCACUUUGCAACUCACUGGGUAAGAGGGAUGAUGCCUUUUGGUUUUUAAAUACCAAUCAAAUGGAACUUUCUUUGUCAUGGGUACAAUGAAGACGUUUCUAAAAGCACACACACAAAACACAGCAGGACAAGAAUUUCGUAAGCCCAGAGGAAUGUAUUGCCAAAAAAAAAAAAAAACUUUUAAAAGUAAUCUAAGUUAAAUGAAGAAAAA